AAAAAGAACCCAGAACCGCAUUGGUAUAUUAUAAACAAAGCCACAAUAAAAGGGGCAUUGUCGGUGGUGAAGUAGUCGAGUCGCGCUGCAUUGGGUCCAGACAUUACUUAGACAUUUAUAUACAUUGCCAGUACUUUCUUAGACAAGCGCCAGGCCGUUCUGUGUAUAGGAUCUUUACAGUAAAACACCGGUUAAGUACAGGAGAGAUAAGCGAUCCUCAUGACUGGGUGAAUCGUCAAAGGAAAAGUUAAUCGUGAACGGACGACUGACCAAUCCUGCGAUCCCAGAAUGGACAAGACGCAGACCGAAGGUGUUACAAGUGCAUCUCCCACGACUCGGAGACCGUGUCAAGACGGCAAACAGCUUACAGGCAGUAAUACCGGCAAGGAUAAGGAGCUUGACCGGGCUAACGGGGAUUGUGACGAAAAGAGAACGGGUGAUGAUGUAACGAAACAGAAUCAGAAUGAAACAAUCGAAUCGCAGCCCGAUUUCUCGCCCGUUCCUGAAAGUAAUCCGGAAGAGAACGGAACUGUGCCUGAUCAACCGAACCCUGAAGUGCGGUCUCUCGAAGAAAACAAGCCAGAGGAUGUAAACCGUACCGAUGAUAAGCAGAUACACGAGGAACAAGACGAAGAUGAAAGUGCUCAACAAGAUACAGAACCUGUUCACACCGUAACGAAAGAAAGUGAAAGUGUAACGUCUUCUCCGACUGCUGGAGAUAGCAGUCAACGUGACAGCAGUUCGGCUUCCAAUAGUCCCGUGAAAGAAGAACAUACCCCUACGCCAGAAACGAUGCAAGACAGUUCAAGUGAAGAUGAGUUUCACAGUGGCACCUCGUCACCAGAACAGAGGGUUAAGGGAUCCACAUCCCCCGAACAAAGUGUCACGGAAUCCCGAUCUCCUGAACAGAGGGUCGACGGAUUUACAUCUCCUGACCAGAACUCCGAGGAAUUAACUUCUCCUGAACAUAAAGCGAAGUCUCCUGAACAUAAAGCGAAGUCUCCUGAACAUAAAGAUAAAUCUCCUGAACAUAAUGCUAUGUCUCCUGAACAUCAAACCAAAGAAUCCAGAGUAACAUCUCCAAUAUACAACAAAACAAAAUCACCCUCAGUCGACCGAAACAAGAUUCAGACAUUAACGCAAUCAAUUAUCGAAAUAAAGAAUAACCUCCAGGAUAUCUUUGUAAAUGCCAACCAACUACUACAGGACUAUAACAAAAAGCUGAACUCACAACCACUGAAAGACUUUGCGCUUGAUAUGAACAGUUUCCAAGAGGAUUUCGCUUCACUGAGUGCUGCGUAUACGGAAUGUGAGGACAUCAGCAAGAUCAUCAACACAGAACUGAAACGUCUGCGUCAAACAACCAGUGACAUCUCCAAUCUAUUGAACCGGAAGUUUAGAGAUGAGGACCUGCUGCAGUGGAUAGACCAAGACCCAGAUGCGGAGUCAAAAAAAGACCAGCUAGGAGAAGAAAGGAUUGCCCACGAGAAAGCGGCACAAGCCAAAGCAAGUCAAGUACGUGCUGAGGCUGCAAAUGCAGCAGUCAACGUCACCGAGUCCAACCAGUUCGCUUGUCAAGCCGAGGCUGAGGCUACUGAGGCAGAGUUAGUCGCCAAAACCGCACGUGACCUAGCAGACGACGCAAUCCGGGCCGCAGAAGAAGCAAGACUAGCUGCGGAGGAGAAGCGAAAAUUUGAGGAAGAAGCAAAGAGAAAAUCAGAGGAGAAGGAGAGGAAGAGAGCCGAGGAAGAAAAAAGGAAAAGAGAAGAAGAAGAAAGGAGACUAGCAGAGGAAGCUAAGAGGAAUGGAACAUCGAUUGAAAGUGAGAGACAGAGAGAAGAACACGAGAGAACGCAAAGAGAGGCAGAGAGGAAGAAUCCAAAGAACUGGCCAAGAUACAUUUACAGUACGGAUGGAGGCGAUUUUGAUCCAGGCAUUGGCUGCAUUAUUCGCACCAUUGAUGGGAGUAUAUCACGUGAUGACAUCGAGACGAAUUCGAUCGAUCAGCUUUCUGGCAUUCUCCAACUUCAAGGCAAUGAAGAACUUAUCAGCAACAUUGUGAAGGUGACACCGAAAGACAGCGAGAAGACUUUCAAGUUUGAGGAGCCAUUUUGCUUGGCCAUUCCGCACUGCGCACCCCGUAGUGGAACUGGCAGGGAGCCAGUCAUUAAAACUCUCAACACUGAUGGCCGAUGGGUAGAGCUUCGCACAUACGAUGCGUAUUUUGAAGACAUUAAGGAAAUGCGGUUUGUGGAAACGCGCACGACGAGUUUUGGAACAUUUGUCGUCGUCUACCGCACCAAACGGGAAAACCUGACACUGCCAAAUAAGGGCGGGAAGAUGACGUCAUCAGUUGAUUCUCGCGUGAGCUUCACGUGCAAAUCUGUAGGGAAGAAACUCAACACGAACAUCACAGUUGAGGUUCAACAUGUUGAGCAGGGAAUCGUCCAAGACCUGCGGAACCGAAAACCGGCCGAGUGUGCCUCUCUGAUUACCUGCAGUCCCAUUCUUAGCCUCAAGGUUCACAACAAGACCUUCCAGAAGCCGGUUACGGUGGCACUUCCGGUUCCGCAAAACCCGUCCCGGAUCAAGCGACCGAUGACCAGUCUGGUGAGCACCAAGCCAGGUUCGGAGCCCAGUGGUCGACCGCAGACAGCGAAACCGACGCCGUAUAACAAAGCUGAAGUUGAAGAAGCGACAGACGAACUGCACCUGAUGACUUUGUGUGAUGGCGAGUGGGUCACAAACCCAGACAUCCUCUUAAGUCAGUCCAAGAACAAAGACAUCGUCAUGUUUGAAAUGGUCCAACCAUUACAAAGAUUUUUUGUGAUGCGAACCAAACUGGAAUCAACGCCGAUACAACUAGAAAAACUUCCACCUCUCAUAGAAGAAGCAAUCACACAACGUAUUAUAAAGGUAUUCCUUCGACAACAAACGAAAGAUCUACAAAAUGUACUCCUGUCCUGUGCAAACGUCAGUAAGGUGGAGAGGGUACUGCGGCAGCUGGCGGAGGAAGAGUUCGAGGAAGGCCCGCCACCAAGUAGAGACAUCCUCGUUAAAGAAGGUCAAAUUAUGAAGAUCACCUUCAGAGGAAACAUCAGACUGGACGAAACAGAUGACGUCAGUAAAACAGCCAAUUCGCAAACUGAUCACUCAAGUAAAGCAACCAGUAAGGAAGCAGACGAUGAUGUCGUUAAAACAGCUAGUCAACAAACAGAUCAGUUCAGUGAACCAACCAAUCGGGAGACAGAUUAUGCCAUUAAAACAAUUGUGUAUAACAGUCAUAUUUCGUCUAAGGUGAAUUUUCGUGUGAUAGAGUUAGAUAAAUUUGCUCAGAAGGCGAUAGCCAGUUACCGAGGAUUUGCUCAAGUUGUUACUAAAGGACUGGUUCCAAAAGUGAUUUCGGUGGACGACAGAGACAAAUCACGUAGUUCCGCGCAGCAACAUAAAGCUCCAGUCAUAGAGAUGAUACCAGGAAAUCUGUUAUUGUGCGAACUACUAAUUUCGAUACCAAAGCCAGAACCUGAACCGCCGAAACCACUCAACACAGCACCAGUUUUGUUGAAAGCCGAAGGACCAGUAACCAAUGACGUAUUAAUGCACAUCGCGGACGAAAUUGGCGAUGACUGGGUGAAGCUGGCACAGUAUUUGUGCGUAAAGCGCGUACGCAUUCAAGCCAUUAUGAGGCAGCAUGUUAAUGACAAAAACACAAACAAGAUAUACGACAUGCUGACCACGUGGUCCAAGCGUCUCCCCACUUCAAUGGACAGGGUUGACAUGCUGAGUCACGCCUUAACGCUGUGUGGUCGGGGUGAUUUAGCAGAAUAUCUUCAAGAAAGAAGGGACGAAUUCCGAAGAGAGCGAGCGUAUAGUGCUAGAGGCUCCUAUCUACAUAAAGCCUUUGUAAGAAUAGCCCGAGAACCUCGCGUUGCCAGGAACUGGCGGGUACUGGGCAGACGACUGGGUCUCGGCGAUGGCGAGCUCAACGAGAUAGAUCGAGCGAAGCAGAGCAACAUUGACCGAUGUUAUUACAUCCUACAACGUUGGCGGGAACACCAGGGGGAAGACGUCACCCUGACCGUCCUGUCAAACAGUCUCAGACAAGCUCGAUACAGAGGGUUGGCAAGGGAAAUCCAGACUGUCGCCUAAAAACAUAUAGUUCCAAUUAUGAGGACAGACAGACAGACAGACAAAUUGAAGACGACGUCAACGGAAUUGCUGCAGUGCUCUGUUCUGUACUUUACUGCUUGUACACUACAAAUGGAAUUAGAUACUUUAGUUGUUAACACUGUAAUUCAAACUGUGUAUUUGAUGUUUAUUCAUUGUUUAAGUUUUGAACAUUAUAAUGCAAAUUUAAUAUCCAGCGUUAAGUUUUGAAUAUUAUUAUUCAAAUGUUUAUUUUUGUUUUCAUUUUUGCACAAUUCAGACUUGUUUCAUUUUUAUAUACUCAAGUUGUUAUAUAUGUAUAGAGUACUCACGAUUUCUUAUAUGCAUGCACACACCCACGUACGCUCCUGCACACGCACGUGAAAAAUACAAGAUAAUCACGUGUACAAAAUUUGUAUUAAAGUUACAAGAGUGUAAAUAACAGCUAAUAAUAUAAUGCCGAAUAUAAUAAUAACUCUAUGCAAACAUUGUCUGUAUAUAUUUUUCCUGUGAACAUUGCAAAAAGAAAACCCAUCAUAUUUUCCCCAAUACUUUUAUGAAAGAAGUGUAUUAUAAAACAUGUUAGAUUCGUUUCAAAGGGUUUUGAUUUCUUUAUAACAUAUCGUAUCAUAUUUGAUCAAAUGACACAACUAUGUAUAUUUCAUAGUUCAUAUUUAGAGAUACUAUCUAUUAAUUGUUUAUAGGGUAUAUGUACGUGCAUUAUCCAUUGUUUAUAAUGAAAAAUAUCAAACUUACAAAAUAGAAUAAUAAAUAUGAUAUUUUUAGUAUCGUAGUAGUAAUUAUUGCUUUUUCAAUAAUGGUUUUGCAGAGCAACAAAACUGAUACAUUGAUUUAUUCAAUGCCAUAGCUCUCAGUCUCAAGUUAUUCGCACCCUUUCACAAACCUACCCAUCUAAGAAACAUUCUCUGUAUGUCAGAACAUAUGUAUUAUAUUUCACUGGCAUAGGGUAGAUUAUGAUAUAAAUGAAAACAGUACAAAACGUCAUUAACAUAGUAAUGUUUUAAUUCGAACUUAAUGUACAAAGGGAUAGCAGUCUGUGAUAAGUAAUACAUGUGAUAAAUAUAUUAU